AUGAACUUCGUCUUGGUGCUGGUGCUGAACUACUGGCAAGUGUCUGCUGCUUUAUUCUCGCUGCCCUCAUCGUGGUUAUGGUUCCUGCAUCGAGGCGAACAGGAGGCCUGCCACAAGUGCGCGUGCGCACGCGAGGAGUCCUCAACGCUGCCUAGCACAUGUGGAAGCCCGGAUGAGUACACCUUCAUGCAGUAUAUGGAGUGCAAACUGAGCGAGGCCUGUGACUUCGUCGACCCCACUGGCUGUCGCCGCCAUGACACCAUCCCCGACAUGACGGAGGUGGACUUCGUGGUGGUGGGCGCCGGCUCGGCGGGCAGCGUGGUGGCCAGCCGGCUGAGCGAGGAGGCUUCGUGGAGCGUGGCGCUGCUGGAGGCGGGCGGGCCGGAGCCGACGGCGAGCCAGGCGCCCAGCAUGUACUUCAACUACCAGCGCCCACACUCUCACAACUGGGACUUCGCCCUGGAGCCGCAGGGCGCGGCGUGCCUGGGCUACCCCGCAGGCAGGUGCCACUGGCCGAGAGGAAAAUCAAUGGGUGGAACCAGUGUUAUACAUGGGAUGAUGUACAUGAGGGGAAAUCCAUGGGAUUACAAUAACCUGGAAAGCAUGAACAUAAAUGGUUGGAAUUACAGAGAUGUACUGCCUUACUUUCUGAAAGGAGAAAACAAUACUGAAAUAGGUACGAUAGCAGAGCCUGCCUAUCAUCAGACUGGAGGAUAUCUUACAGUGCAACGUUUUCGUGAUCAGCCACAAAUAGCGCAUUCUAUCAUGGCGGGAGCCAAAGAGAUGGGCUAUGAUACAUACGGAGAUCUAAAUGGAAAGAAUCAGUUGGGUUUCACAAUUGCACAAGCGACAACAAGGGAUGGUUUACGACUCAGUCUUUCUCGUGCAUACCUUCACCCAAUACUUCAUAGGAAAAACCUGCACAUCAACAUGUUCUCAAUGGUGACCAAAGUUUUAGUGGACAAAGAAAAGAAAAUGGCACUUGGUGUGGAAUACGAAAAAGAUGGAAAACUGAGAAGAGUGAUUGCUCGAAAAGAAGUUAUACUGUGUGCUGGAGCAGUGCAGUCUCCUCAAAUACUACUGCUUUCUGGGAUUGGCCCAGCUGAACAUCUACAAAAACAUGAUAUUGCAGUGAUGCACAACCUGCCUCGUGUAGGGAAGAAUUUGAUUAACCACGUUUCGUUCAACGUAAAGUUUUCCAUAACUAACAAAACAGACACUGUAACAGGAUUUGCACGUCUCGAUGUUAUGGACAAAGUACCAGCAACUGUACCACAUAUUCAAAUGUUUUUUGAUGGUUACAUGGCCAACUGCUCCAGGAAAGGCAAGAUCUACAAUGAAACGCAGAACUUCCUUCACAUGGUACCAACUUUGCUACGACCUUUAAGUAGAGGAGAGAUCAAGUUACGCUCAUCAGACUAUAAACAGCCACCUUUGAUUUACGCCAAUUAUCUCGAAAGUAAAGAAGAUGUUGAUAUUUUAAUUAAAGGCAUUAGACUAUGCAUCCAGCUGUCAAAAACUAGUGCUCUGAAGAAAGAAGGCUUGCAACUUGUUACUGCCAAAUUAAAAGGAUGUGAAAAUUUAAACUUUGACUCGGACGCAUAUUGGGAAUGUGCUGUUCGGCAUUUCACAAACCCAGAGAACCAUCAAGUUGGUACUUGCAGCAUGGGUUCCAGUGAAGAAGAUUCUGUGAUUGACAGCAAACUUCGAGUGCAUGGGAUGAAGGGACUGCGAAUAAUUGAUGCAUCGUCAUUCCCUGUGGUGCCCAGUGGCAACCUGAAUGCACCGGUUGUUAUGUUAGCUGAGAAAGGUGUAGACAUUAUCAAACAAGAUUACAAUUAA